AGCUAGCACCGAGCAAUGGCACUCCCAAUCGCAUGCAUUCCCAUUAUUAUCAUAGCGCUCUCAGUAUUCCGGCUGCCGGCGUGUACUGCUGUUACUUCUUCCAUUGGAAGUGGUAGUGGAAGCAACACCGACCUCUCCGCGCUACUCGCUUUCAAGGCUCGUCUCUCUGAUCCACUCGACAUCCUCGGCACCAACUGGACAACCAAAACGUCUUUCUGCCAAUGGCUUGGCGUCUCGUGUAGUCACCGCCACCGGCAGCGAGUUGCUACCCUGGUGCUGCCGGACAUGCCUCUCCAUGGUGAUGUUGCUCCUCACCUCGGUAACCUCUCUUUCCUCGUCGUCCUCAACCUAACAAACACAGGCCUUACAGGCAUCAUCCCACCUGAGCUUGGGAGGCUCCAUCGGCUUAGGUACCUUGGUCUUCGUAACAACGCUCUAUCAGGUGUCAUCCCCCCUACCAUGGGAAACCUCACCAGCCUCCAAUUUCUUGUAUUGUCGAAUAACAGCAUCUCCGGGCAAAUCCCAGAAGAGCUACAGGGUUUACGCAAUCUUAGCUUGUCAGGGAUGAUACCACGCUGUAUUGGCUCUCUGCCCGUGCUCCAAUCUCUUGGCUUGCAGGCGAACCAACUCUCCGGGUCGGUGCCUCAAGCCAUCUUCAACAUGUCUACGCUGCAACUGCUGUAUCUUGGGGGUAACAAUCUGACGGGGCCUAUCCCUAGCAACAAAAGCUUUAGCCUCCCCAUGCUUGAAAUCAUCGCCCUCUCUUCGAACCGUUUCACGGGUAAGAUUCCACUGGGGCUUGCUGAAUGCCAAUACCUCGAAGUACUUUCUCUGUCGUCGAAUUCUUUUGAGGGUAGAGUGCCUACAUGGCUGGCCAAACUGCCAGAGCUCGCAUUGAUAUAUUUAGGUGCCAAUAACCUUGAUGGCCCAGUCCCAGCUGUUCUGAGCAAUUUAACCAAUCUCGUCCAACUGGACCUGUCAUUCGGCAAUUUAACGGGAGGGAUUCCACGAGAAUUUGGACAACUAAGUCAGCUCACGGUAUUGUCACUCUCACACAAUCAAUUGACUGGAUCAUUUCCAUCAUUUGCUAGUAACUUGUCUGAAUUAUCUUUUCUACUUUUGGAUGGAAAUCUUUUGACUGGUUUUGUGCCAAUGACACUUGGUAGCACAGGAAAUCUUCUAUCUGUUAUUCUAUCUGGGAACCAUCUUGAAGGGAAUCUCAACUUCCUGGCCAGUCUUUCGAACUGUAGACAACUCUACCAACUUGACAUUGGGUUGAACCAUUUCACUGGAAGAAUCCCUAACUUCAUUGGAAAUCUCUCUAGUGCGCUGAAACUUUUCUUUGCAGAUAGAAACAAUUUAACCGGUGAACUUCCUGCUACCAUAUCAAAUUUAAGCAGUCUCACUUGGAUAGACUUCUCAGAAAACCAACUGAGUAGCCCAAUUCCAAAAUCGAUCAUGAUGAUGGACAAGCUCGUUUUCAUGUACCUCUAUGGCAACCGCUUGUCUGGACCCAUUCCAGCACAGCUUGGUGUGCUAGGGAACCUUGAGCGACUGAUCCUUCUUGACAAUCAACUCUCUGGCUCCAUACCAGAUGAGCUUGGCAACCUCUCCAAUUUAGUAUACCUUGAUCUAUCUCAAAACCUGUUAUCAUCGACUAUACCAGUAAGCUUAUUCCACCUUGAGAGCGUUGCACAGCUCGACCUGUAUCAAAACUCCUUGAACGGUGCAUUGCCAGAUGGAAUAGGUAUGUUGCAACAAAUAAUCAGCAUAGAUCUCUCUAGCAACAACUUCCUUGGUAGCCUCCCAAGUUCCUUUGGACAACUGAGAACACUUACCGACCUAAAUCUAUCACACAAUUCACUCAAUGGUUCAAUUCCGGAUUCUUUUGGCAAUCUAACCAGCUUAAAAUCACUGGAUCUAUCCUACAAUGAUCUCUACAGUACCAUCCCAGGGUACUUGGCAAAAUUUACAGACCUCACAUGUUUGAACUUGUCAUUCAAUAAACUACAUGGUCAGAUACCAGGAGGAGGCGUCUUCACAAACAUUACUCUUCAAUCAUUGAUAGGGAAUUCAGCUCUGUGUGGUGUCUCCCGGUUAGGAUUUCUCCCGUGCCGAAGCAACUAUCACUCAGCUAAUAAUAGACGCAUCCUAAAAUUCUUGAUCCUUGGUAUCAUCAUAUCAGUUGGAACUGUAGUUACCUGUCUAUACAUGAUAAUAAGGAAGAAACUGAAGAAUCAAAAUAUGGCAGUUUCGACUGGCAUGGUUGACAUGAACAACCAUAACCGGUUAGUCUCAUACCAUGAGAUUGUUCGCGCCACUUGUAAUUUCAGUGAAACCAACCUGCUGGGUGCUGGAAGCUUUGGUAAAGUUUAUAAGGGCCAACUAAGUGAUGGCUUGGUGGUUGCAAUAAAAGUUUUAAACAUGCAGCUGGAACAGGCUAUUAGAAGCUUUGAUGCUGAGUGCCGUGUGUUGCGCAUGGCUCGACACCGCAAUUUGAUAAGGAUACUCACAACUUGUUCAAACAUGGAAUUUAAAGCGUUGGUUCUUCCGUACAUGCCGAAUGGUAGCUUGGAAACAUAUUUGCAUACUGAAAGUAGGCAGUGUUUGGGAUUGCUGAAGAGGUUGGACAUUCUGUUGGAUGUGUCAAUAGCAAUGGAGUAUCUACACUGUCAGCACUGCGAGGUAGUCUUGCACUGUGACUUAAAGCCGAGCAAUAUUCUAUUGGAUGAAAACAUGACACCACAUGUGGCAGACUUCGGUAUUGCGAAGCUAUUAUAUGGUGAUGAAAACUCUGCAGCUUCUGUGAGCAUGCCAGGAACAAUAGGGUAUAUGGCACCAGAGUACGGAUCCAAUGGAAAAGCAACAAUAAAGAGUGAUGUCUUCAGCUAUGGGAUCAUGCUUCUUGAAGUAUUCACUGGAAAGAAGCCGACAGAUUCAAUGUUUGUCGGUGAACUAAGCCUCAGGCAGUGGGUGAAUCAAGCAUUUCCAAAAAGUCUUAUUGAUAUUGUGGAUCAGCGUUUACUACAAGAUCUCUCUAGUUGCGUGGACAAUUUUCUUGUGCCAAUGUUUGAGUUGGGUUUGCUAUGCUCGAGUGACAUACCUGACGAAAGGUUGACGAUGAGCGAAGUUAUAGUGAUAUUGAACCAGAUAAAGAAGGAUUACGUUUGUUCUAUACCAAAAUAAGACGCUGAAUGAUGUUGUGGUUUCAAUAUCUUCAAGCAUCGUCUGUGAAUUGAGUGACUCGUCACAUAUCUUAUUGUCCAAUUAUAUCUGGCAUGAGUGUAUUUGAAAAUUUCAAACUUUGUAUACUUUGAUCAACACUUUGUCAAAUUAUAAGUAUGUUCAAUGUAUCUAAUUAUCAUAUAUAGAUGGAACCAC